AAAGCAAGGCAACCCCCACAUCCAACCAGGAGACGGGGACAAAAACGAGGAAGAGGAAGCUGUGUCCGCUCCUCCUCCUCCUUCCGUCGCUGCGGCGCCACCGUGCCUUCACGCCAAUGGUGCGGUCUCGUUAGCGCGCGAUACCACCGUCUCCUUCGCCGCCGUUGCGUCCGCAGGACCGAAGCUCAGGAUGCGACCCAAGGACAGGAUUUCGUACUUCUACGACGGAGAUGUGGGCAGCGUGUACUUUGGUCCGAAUCAUCCGAUGAAGCCGCACCGGCUCUGCAUGACUCACCAUCUUGUCCUCUCUUACGAGCUUCACAAGAAGAUGGAAGUUUAUCGGCCGCACAAAGCCUACCCCGUUGAGCUCGCCCAGUUCCAUUCUCCUGAUUAUGUCGAGUUUUUGCACCGGAUUACACCCGACACCCAGCACCUGUUCUCAAACGAAUUGGCAAAAUAUAAUCUUGGAGAAGAUUGUCCUGUCUUUGAAAACUUAUUCGAGUUUUGUCAGAUAUAUGCCGGUGGCACGAUAGAUGCUGCAAGAAGAUUAAAUAAUCAACUCUGUGAUAUAGCUAUUAACUGGGCCGGAGGAUUACAUCAUGCCAAGAAGUGUGAAGCAUCUGGAUUCUGCUAUAUAAAUGACCUAGUGUUGGGAAUAUUGGAGCUGCUGAAAUAUCAUGCACGUGUUUUAUAUAUUGACAUAGAUGUGCAUCAUGGUGAUGGCGUAGAAGAAGCCUUUUACUUCACUGACAGGGUAAUGACCGUUAGCUUUCACAAAUUUGGGGAUAUGUUCUUUCCAGGAACUGGUGAUGUUAAGGAAAUAGGAGGAAAGGAAGGGAAGUUUUAUGCUAUUAAUGUCCCACUCAAGGAUGGAAUAGACGAUACUAGCUUCACUCGACUUUUCAAGGCUAUCAUUGCAAAGGUCGUCGAAACAUACCAACCUGGUGCUAUUGUACUCCAAUGCGGGGCAGAUUCACUUGCUGGGGACCGCUUGGGGUGCUUCAAUCUCUCUAUUGAUGGACAUUCUGAGUGUGUUAGGUUUGUCAAGAAAUUCAAUUUGCCCUUGUUGGUCACUGGUGGUGGAGGAUACACAAAAGAGAAUGUUGCUCGAUGUUGGGCAGUUGAAACAGGAGUUCUCUUAGACACAGAACUUCCAAAUGAGAUUCCUGAAAAUGAGUAUAUCAAGUACUUUGCUCCUGAUUAUUCGUUGAGGAUUCCUCGUGGAAAUAUAAUACUCGAGAAUCUAAAUAGCAAGUCCUAUCUUAGUGCAAUCAAAGUGCAAGUGCUCGAAAACCUUCGUAAUAUCCAACAUGCCCCGAGUGUACAAAUGCAGGAGGUUCCACCUGAUUUCUAUAUUCCUGAUUUUGAUGAAGAUGAGCAGAAUCCCGAUGAACGAAUGGAUCAGCAUACCCAGGACAAGCAAGUCCAACGAGAUGAUGAAUAUUAUGAUGGGGAUAAUGAUAAUGACCAUAACAUGGAUGAUGCAUGAUCCCAAGCUAAGCAAUAUGUGAUUCUUUUUGAAAGAUGUGAUGUUUGAAUUGUCAAUCACAUUUUACCAUAUAGUCAAUACUAAAGUAGAAGGUGUGAAUAGAUUUCGUCCGAAUUUUGUGAAGCAGAUAUUAGUUCCAUGUUUUGUGAAUUCCGACUCAUUAUCUGAAAGAUAGAGGAUUAAUACAUGUGCUCAUUGUUCAUCGCAAUUUCAACU